CCUUCCUGCCUCGGCGGAAGUGACGUCGCCGGCUCUCCGCUUUCUUUCCACGCGGUUGUCCGUUGCGGCUUGAGCUCGCGGCCACGGGACUAUGCCCGGUAAGCUUCUGUCGGGGACCGAAGGCGAGGCGGAGGCGGCCAUGGAGGCGACGGAGCAGACGCGGAAGCACAAACACAAGAAAGAUAAAAAAGAGAAAUCAAAAAAUGAUAAACCAGAAAAGAAGGCCCAGAUGGAGACUGAGGAACUUGAUUCCCCCAAGCCCAAAAAGAUGAAAAGAGAGGAACCGCCAGAAGAAGUCAUUUCUCCAAAGCCUAAAAAGAUCAAGAAGAAAGAACAGUCCCCAGAAGAAGAAGACUCCUCCCCAAAACCCAAAAAGGCCAAAAAGAGCAAGGAGGGGGCUGUGGAGGAACCCAAAAGGAUGAAAGAGGAGGAAGAGGAGGAGGAGGCCUGCCCUAAAGCCAAAAAGAGCAAAGACAAAGCGGAACUUUCUGAAAAACCCAAGAAGGCCAAAAAGGAGAAAUUAGUGAAUGGAGACACAGGAGAGAAACAGCCAAAGCCACAGAAGGUGUCGCUGAGCAACGGACUGCCCCCUCAGAAGUACUCACCUGAGUCUGACUCGGAGGAGUCGUCCAGUGACAGUGACAGCGAGGCUGAGCAGGAAAAUCAUCUUCAUAAAGGAUUACAAAGCCAUACUCUUAGUUCUAAGUUGCAAGCUGGACCUGCAAAACAGUUGAAAGGUGAUGAUGAUGAUGAUGAUGAUGAUGAUGAUGGAGAAGAUGAGGAUGAAGAUGAUGAAGAUCAAGAAUUGGAGAACCCUAAAAAAGAUGAGAAGAAGGCAAAUAAAGAUUCAAAAGCUGAAGACACUGAGGAGUUAUCUGCAGAGCAGAAAGAAGGAGCAUUCUCUAAUUUCCCUAUCUCCGAAGAGACGAUUCAACUACUCAAAGCCCGCGGGGUGACCUACCUGUUUCCUAUACAAGCAAAGACAUUUCACCACGUGUCCAGUGGGAAGGACCUAAUUGCUCAAGCCCGGACAGGGACGGGGAAGACAUUCUCUUUUGCCAUUCCCUUAAUUGAAAAACUUCAGGGAGACACUCAGCCCCGAGCAAGAGGCCGUGCACCAAAGAUCCUGGUCCUGGCUCCAACCAGGGAGCUGUCGAUCCAAGUCAGCAAAGACUUCAGCGACAUCACCAGGAAGUUGACAGUGGCCUGUUUCUAUGGGGGAACGCCCUAUAAUGGCCAGAUUGAUCUCAUUCGGAGGGGCAUCGAUAUCCUGGUGGGCACUCCAGGGCGCAUCAAGGACCAUCUGCAGAAUGGCCGGCUUGACCUCUCCAAAGUGCAGCACGUUGUGCUGGACGAAGUGGACCAGAUGCUGGACAUGGGCUUUGCUGAGCAGGUGGAAGAAAUUUUAACGGUGGCAUAUAAGAAAGAUUCGGAAGACAACCCCCAGACCUUGCUCUUUUCUGCCACUUGUCCUCACUGGGUGUACGAUGUUGCUAAGAAAUACAUGAAAUCUACUUAUGAGCAAGUCGACCUCAUUGGGAAGAAGACACAGAAGGCUGCAGUGACUGUGGAGCAUCUGGCCAUCAAUUGCCACUGGUCUCAGAGGGCAGCAGUCAUUGGCGACGUCAUCCAGGUCUACAGUGGGAGUCACGGACGAACCAUCAUCUUCUGUGAGACCAAGAAGGAGGCUCAGGAACUCUCCCUGAAUGAGUCAAUAAAACAGGAUGCACAGUCAUUGCAUGGAGAUAUUCCACAGAAACAAAGGGAAAUUACCCUUCAGGGUUUCCGGAAUGGCAAAUUUGGUGUCCUGGUGGCCACCAAUGUGGCUGCUCGGGGCUUGGACAUUCCCGAGGUUGACCUGGUUAUCCAGAGUUCUCCUCCCAAGGAUGUGGAGUCCUACAUUCAUCGUUCGGGGCGUACAGGUCGAGCUGGCCGGACUGGGAUCUGCAUUUGCUUUUAUCAGAAGAAGGAACAGCACCAGCUGGCACAGGUGGAGCGGCAGGCGGGGAUCACUUUCAAACGGGUGGGUGUUCCCAGUGCUUCUGAAAUCAUUAAAGCAUCCAGCAAAGACGCCAUCAGGUUUUUGGAUUCGGUGCCUCCUGCGGCCAUUAACAACUUCAGACAGACUGCUCAGAAGCUGAUUGAUGAGAAGGGGGCCGUGGAAGCACUGGCUGCAGCCUUAGCCCACAUCUCAGGGGCAACCACUGUCGAACAGCGUUCCCUGAUCAACUCUGAUGUGGGCUUUGUGACAAUGGUCUUGCAGUGCUCCAUCGAGAUGCAUAACAUUGGCUAUGCCUGGAGAGGAUUGAAAGAGCAGCUGGGGGAAGAGAUCGAUGACAAAGUGACCCGGAUGACCUUCCUUAAGGGGAAAAUGGGUGUUUGUUUUGAUGUCCCUGCUGCAGAAGUAAAGACAUUCCAGGACCAAUGGCAGGACUCGAGGCGCUGGCAGCUUUCUGUGGCCACUGAGAGACCUGAGCUGGAGCAACAGCCCGAUGAAGGCAGAGGCUUCUCUAACUUCCGGAACCAGAGGCACGGCGGUGGCCGGGGUGGAGGUGGCCGUGGUGGCUGGGGUGGAGGCGGCGGCCGUGGUGGCCGCGGUGGUGGGGGCUUCAACAGGAAUGACAAGUUUCAAAACAGAGGCCAGAAACGAAGUUUUCAGAGAGCGUUUUCUCAUCGGUAAGACACACUAGACGACAGGAUUAAAUUUGGAGAGACACUCUGCCCUCACCAGUGACUUUUAUAAACUGCUUCCUGCUUUCUUUCUACUGUUCACCCAGCCAGCCGUUGCCAUGUGGGGCCUAUCUCUGCAAGAGAUGGAGGCUCACUGCACCAAGGCCCCUCCUUUUCAAAGGGAUCAUUGCCAUUCUGUAAUUUGCCCACCACGUCUUCAAAAGCUUUUUUCUAGGAGAUCAUAAACAUGGAUGUUCUAAAACUCAUGGCAGUGGAUUACCUUAAAUGAGGUCUGUUUUUUGCCCAGACUCUGCUCUCCUUUGAAGAUGGUUGGUAGUUAUUGUAUCUCUGGGUAAUGUCUUACCCUAAGGACAAGCUCCCAGGGCACCUAAGCUCGGAGGACCUUUCCUGCGUAGCCAAAGAUUUGUUUUUGCAACAGAUUUUCCCAAUACACCCACUGAAUGGAUUAUCCAGAGGAGCCAUCAAUUAAGGGUUAAUACAGGUGAGCCUUGAGCACCAGCUUCUUCUAGAGCUUGGAUCCUUCUGACAACACCGUGCAUUCACUGUCUUAGAAACAAUGAUUUUUGUGCAUCGAAUGUUGUUUUGGUGAACAAGAAAUAAACACAAGCAUUCUCAGUGGCUUUACCUUCCCCUGGCAGAAGAAAAAUGGGCAAAUUUGACAGAGGGUAUGUGACAGUCUCAGACAUGAAAAGAUAAUUCGUGCCCAUUCCCACAUGGAAAGACAGGAAGGAAGGCAGAUAGUGUCUGUCUUCUUGCUUCACACUCUUCUCCCUUUGAGAAAGAAACAUUCUUAUUUAUUUUGGAGAAAUUUAAGAAAAGUCUGGAUUUGCUAAGCAGAUAAAAUAAACUAUUAGAUAACAUUUUUAAUUACGAGAAAAAAUUCGAGGCAGCCCACCUAGAGAGAUGUAAAACCUGGUGAAGUAAUUGGCAAGUGGAAUGUCUGUUAGAAAUAGGAAAAAUAUUAGGUUGAUUCUCAUUGUGUAUAUUUCUAUAACCCUAUAAUGUUACAGAAUGUUGUCCGUUUGCUUUUGACUCAUAAGUACCUAUUGUGUGCUAAAGGUUGUUCAGUGCGAAAUUGAGAACUUUGAUGAUUCAGUCAGUGUACACUUCCUGCUGUAAAAUAUCUUUGUAGGCACUAUGCUGAUCCAAGUCAUAGCCAUUCUUCCCCCAUAAAGGUCUUAGCUCUUCAGGGGACCUCUGGGUCCCUGUGGUGCCCUUCUGCCCUGGGGAUAUAGACCCAUAUAUUUAAUAGACCUUUACUCCCUCAGUGUGAAGGGAAGACCAAGCUAUUCUGAAGUGGCCCUUCUCUCCCUGCCAUCCCCUCCCCCCCAGCCAGCUUUAAUGGAAGGAAGACUGGCUAAAAAUUUUAGCCCUGCUUCUUAAUUGAUUUGGUCAAGAACCUCAAAUAAACUCCUUGGGUCUGGUUUCCCCCAAAGAAGAAUGAGUGAUGGGGCAAAUGUUCCCCAAAUUUUUUGGGUUCUUGGUGACCUGUUUUGGCUCAUUGGCUCAAGUUCCAGCUCAUGGGAUCCAUUCUCUGCCCCUCCCCCAGCCUCAGCUGUCCAUUUGAUUUAGAAAGAGCUGUGUGACCAAUGGCAUCCCAUUUAGUGAAACUCUUGGAAAAAGCCCUUGAACUCAUUCCCACUUGGCUUAGGAAUGUAGGUGCUUGGCAAUUUGGGUGCCAUCCUCUUGUCGUCGAGACCAGAUGCUCCUCCUGGAGGAAGUCCAGCUUUUUUUGGAUUGGUCUUUUUUUUACAGAUGGUGGCAACUUCCCAGAGGAUAAAAUAGCUGAUAUAGGGUGUCAGGUCUCCCCCUUUGAAUAUGUAGAAGAGCUUUCAGCUUGAAUCCAGGGCUUCUUGCCCCAAGUAGGGCCUUUUUUGUGCAAGAUUCUCAACAUGAUAUCUUGCCUUUUAACUGGCAUUUGAUGGGAGAGGUUUUUAACUGCUAUUCAAGAAAGACACCCAUUACUAUAAGUUAGCAAUUAACAUUGGGCAAAUCUUUUGGCAGCCUACAGUACUGUUUUGGAACUGGUGGCACCUAGCAUUUAGCACAGCAUCUUAAAAGAUUGUGCUGUGGAAUCAAUGCUUCUGUAAAUGAACAAAGGAAAAAAUUAGUUUUAAAUAUAAAAGCUAAUGUGAAAUGCAUUUCAACUUUGCAGAAUUAGACUUUCAAGGGAAUAUGUGCUUUCCCUGGAAAAAGACUUGGGUUAAUACUGUCCAUUAAUACCUAAAAUAUGAGUUAUAAAGAGGUUUUUUUGGGCUGGCCUGGAACCUCACCAUGUAUAAUUUAGUUCCCAUGAGAACUGAGUUCCAAAAGGUUUUUUACAAAUGAUUUUUUAGAUUAUAAUCUUAUGAACUGGGAUCUGCCAACAGAUUUAGAAGAUAUUUUUAAAGAUACUGUCUUAUGCCUUAAUAAAAACUUAGUUUCCUUA